GAAUGAUCCUUGAGUUUCUGAAAAACAACCGAAUCAACGUCAAGGGAGCCUGUCUGUCAUCACCGUCUUCGCCAAACAGUGCUCACGUGCGUCCGCUAAGAGAAGUCAGUUAGUUCGGCGGACUCUGGUCGGAGCUCGCGCUGGCUCCUGUUGCCACAGCAACCACUGAGGAGAAAUCCGUGCAGCUUCUGAUGCGGUAGCGUUACCGCAAUGAGGGGGAUGUAGCAGUUGUGGUCGGACAGAUGGGACCUCGAGAUUGACUGUGACUCACCACAAAGCGACGAGGAAAGGAUAAUGUGGCGGUUAUAGUCGAUUGUUAGAUUGGAGUGGACGGACGAGGCUGGAAACGACUGUUUUCGAGCCGCAAUCAAGACCUGAGGAAUGAACAAAGUGCUUGGAGGGACAAUGUGAGCAUUCAGAGUUGAAGGUCAUAAUCAAGUGUAGCCAUUACUGGAAGAAAAUAUCUGGCAGUAUUCAGGAGGAUCCUGCUGACUUUAUCUGAAUCUGCGAUUCUUCCGCCUCAUUCUAGAAUCAGCUAUGGAUAACGAGACAAAAACACGCUCUGUGUCCAGACUCUGAUUUUAAAGGAACUGGCAGAUGCUUGCUUUGGAAUGUUUUUAGACUUCUCUGAUGUCAACUAACUUUAUUUCUUUAUUGCUUCUUUGGUUUUGUCUUUCUCUAAACCAUGCUGGAAAAACCCAAGUAAGUUCUUUAACUGAGUGCGGACAGUGAAUGGAGAUCCUCAUUUAGCAUGCAAUGAAUUUCUCUUGUGUUUUAGUAUAAUCUGCUUGUCAUAUAUACAUCAGGGUGUCUUAUGGACAUAUGUAUAAUAUUAAGCUUUCCGUCAAGACUCAGAUUUGCUUUUGUGGACUUCUAAUCAGCAGUAUAUGCAGCAAGCUCUUAAAAAGAUGAAUUUAAGCAAUCCGUUUUGGUGAAAAACAAACGCGAAGCAGAAAAACAAGGGCUAUCGAGGACAGUGCUCAGGUGCUGCUCCUAUAGCAUACAAAAAUUUGCUUAAUUUGAACAUUUGCACCUGCUUCCUGACUCUUUCGCUCCUCUCAGCUGUGGCCAAGCUCCAUCUCUCAGGAUGAGCCAGAAGUCCGACUCAGAGACUGAGAGCUCCCAGGCACCGGUGAUUUAUACGGUGGAGGAACUGGAGUGCAAGAUCUGCUACAAUCGCUUUGACACCCGAGCUCGCAAGCCCAAGGUGUUGAGCUGCUUGCACCGGGUCUGUGCCAAAUGUCUAAAAAAGAUGGUGGAGCUGGACUCGUCUCCAAGCAUCAUCAGCUGCCCCUUCUGUCGCCACGAGACUCACGUCCCUGACGAGGAAAUCUGGUUGCUUCAAGAUGACAGCAACAUUUUGGCUAUUCUGACUUACCAGGACCGGGCGCGUAAGAGUGGCACCACACCCACUGGUGAGGUCCUUUUGACGCCCAACAGUCUGAGCGGAGGCGAGCAGGCCCACAGCUCCUCCGACUGCCUCGUCAUCACAGUCAUGGAAAUCCCUGGAGAGUCGCAGUCCUCGGACUCUAUGAGCAUGUUGCGCUUGUAUCGGACGGCCAGCUUGGACUCCUUGCCUUGCCACCUGCCCGUGCAGAAGUGUCGGGCUUGGACGUCUCAUUCGGUUCCUCGCUUUCUGAUGGGUUUCCUCUGCCUGGUCUACUUUAGCUCGCUGCCACUGGGGAUCUACUUGCUGAUGAUCCAGCAGCUCACGAUGGGAGUGAUCUUGGUCAGCCUGGUGCCCUCCACCCUGGUCCUUUGUGUGUUCUACGGCUUCUGCCAAUGUCUGUGCCACGAGAUCAUGGAGGCCAUUGCCACAUAACACCCUACGGUCGGCCCUUGGGCUGAUCUUUGGACUAGCAAGACCUGUAAAAGAACUAAAGCCAAAUGACUGAUGAAUAUCUAUUAAUUCCAGACACCAUAUUUUUUCCAUCACACCAGAUUAUACCAGCAUCUACUCCUUGUAACUCACCUCACAUUGUAUGCAGGGCCAACUGUACUUGACUUUAGCAGUUAAAGCUUGAUUACCAAUGCAAGCUGGAGGUAUUGAUUUUGGACUGCAUCAGGUCGCUGUGGUUUUGUAUUGUGUCUAGCUCACCCAAUGGGUCUUCAACAACUGUGAUAUAAAUAACACGCAACAGAGAAUGAAGUCCUUCCACACUGUAAUAUGGAAACCACAGAAUGUGUUCACCAAUACUAGAUGAAUUUGUUUUCUGUUAUCUUCUGAAUAUCUGUGGUAUAAUUUCAAUCAUUGUCUCAAUGUUCUCGUUGAAGUCCCUAGUUGCCUUUGUAAGGCAUGUCAAUGGCCAAGCUGUAAUGUAUAUGUAAAAUAAGUGAAUUUGUGUUUGUCAUUGCUAUGAGAAUGAACAAAUACUUUAAAGCCACCUAUUAGAUAUUCAAUAAAGAUUCUUCCAUAUCUAACAGAACUCCAGAUUAAACUGUGAAGUACACAUUCCAUACUUGAUCACUGUUUAAGUAUCCACCUUUUUUCUACGUCCCCUGA